GUCAAGGGGUGUUAAUUAAAAGGAUUUUGAAACUCCUUGAGCCACAGAAUGUAGAGAAUAAGGAAGAAGUUGAUAAAAUGACUGAAUCUAGAGAGGAAAUUAAGAAGAAGAUGAAACCAGAGGUAGACACCUUUGGCAAUCAGGUGAAAAGCAAUUAUGGUGCCAGAAAUGAAAAAGAUGACAAAAAUGUAGAUCUGGGAGGCUUUAAAGAUGAUCGUCCUACAUUCUUGUUGUUAACACCAAGUCAGAAAGGUAUUAUAUCUAAAGACAUGGGGAAUCCAAGUGUUGAAGAAAGUGAGGCAGUGCAUCCAGGGAAUUCAGUGUACAUGUAAUAAAGAAGCAGUUCGAUGUGGGUUACAAGCAUCGGCCAAUCUUUGUUUGAGUUAACAGAGUCGUAGUAUGAUAUGGAAGACCUAAAGAAAAUGGACGAGGUCCUAGAAAGUAUAGUUAAUAGUGGGAGUGUCAAUAAAAAGGUUAUGAAGUAUGGCAGUGUACAUUAGUAUGAGGAAGGCAAUAAUGAAACAAUGGAGAGUGCACCACCAAAAGAAAAAGGUCAUGAAAUAGCCAAGCAAAGUUUCAAUUAAAAUGAAGAAAAAGCAACCACAGAAACUGCUACGAUAGUUAGAACUCUAUACAAUGCACUGUUGUAAUACACUAACUUUUUCUUUUGUGUUAGCUAUGCACUGCUAUGGAAGAGGUGUCAUGCGUGGAGGUCGAAAAACCAAAGAGAAAGCUGAAAUGUCCUAACAAGUUCACACCAGAAAAAAUAGAGAAAACGAGAAUGAAGAUGGAAAAAGAUAUGGGGAUGUUGUAUGGGCCGUACUCAUUGGAGCCAAAGAAAAUGCCUCCACAAGAAGAGGUGGCGAAUUAUUUAAGACGGGUCUUUUGAAGAUAAAAGCAAAGACACAUGACAAGUAUAAAAAGAAUUUUAAAAACAUGGGACACAACUCUUUAAACCUUGAAGGGUUCAAGGGCAAAAGCAAGGCACGACUUUAUGAACUGUUUGUGGAUGGAGAGUGGCUGCGUAGCACGGUAAAAUCUAUAGUUAUGAUUUUAUACUCAUUAUAUGUAUGUGUUAAGAAAUGCUUCCAUUACACUGCGCCACUGAAUGGCAGUUUAUUGUCAAAAAGUAACAAUGAGUUAUUAUUUUGGUAGCAUGAUGUUGGGGUAACAAUGUACUUCUUGGAGUUAAAAAGGGU